UGAAACAGCGUGUGCUAUUUUUGGAAUCCCACUCACUUCGGACGAACACUGCAAGUGUUCGUAUAUAGUCACAAUAUUUGAUAGGAUCUGAGCAUUGUGUGCCCAUUACACGGAUAUGUGGAUGUUGGUGUGAAUGUUUAAGUCUACGUGAAAGAGCAUGUUCACUAUGCAAUGGAAAACAAGAGGAUCUUCAAACUCACCGACUCAGUGACUGAUCUAACCAGUCGGGGGCGUCGGCCGACAUGGAUGAAUUUCCGUGUUACAGUCAGUUUGAACGGGAUUUUUACAACUUUCUACAGAGACUGAAAAGAGAGCAGGAGGAUGAGCUGGAUGAGCUGGCCCAUGCCGGGAGAUUGGAGUUGAUGAGGGAGAAGCUGGACAGACUGAUAGAAGAAGCUGCUGAUGAUGCAUCAUUCAAAUACCGCCCAGAUUCAACCGGCACCGAAAUCUCUCUUCUAGAAAAACUACAAACUGUUUCAAAAUUACGAAAUGACCCUGUGUUCCAAGAAAAAACACCAGAGCCUUUGAUUGAACCUAAAGUAAAAUGGCACCCACCCCCACAUGAUAGUCCAGUAGGUGCUGCUGCUCCUGCUGCUGUUGGUGUGGAUUACUCUACAUCCAGUGAUGAUGAUGACUCUGAACCUGGUUUUAGUUCUCAGGAUGUAAACAAGUGUGCGGGAGUUGAUGGCGAUGUUGUUGCAAGGAAGCAAUAUAAAGAUCUGUCGACACUGGAGAACUCACUAGUCCUUGAAGAUUACAGUGACAGCUCAGACUCAGAGUCGGAAUAUAGGCUAAGUGAAGAUAUAGUCGCCUUGCAGAGAGACCAGUGGAAUGCCAUCAGUGAUGAACUGUUUAAGACUGUUGAAGAAAAGAGGAAAGUGAGCAACAUUGACACCUUAUUCAAGAACAAACUGACCAUAGCUCUGGGAGGUGGUCCAGAUCAGAAGAUGAGAGAAUGCAAGAACGACAACGAGGCUGACCACCGGAUGUCUGUGAAGGAUUUAGGGCAGUGCUACAUCCACAUAGGUCUGGCUGAGGUGCACAGAGGGAAUGCUGACAAGGCCAGCGUGGCCUACCAGGAGGCCUUGACCAUCGCCCGGGAGGAAGAUAGCAAGGAGCUGCUGUGGUCUGCUCUGGAGGGGCUUGGUGUGGUGGAGAAUAUGAAGGACCACAAGGACGAGGCAGUCAUGUACUUCAAAACUGCCCUGGAAAUACUUGACAACGAGUGGUCAACAACUGCAGUCACCUCUGUCCAAGAUCGUCUAACAGCCCGGAUGGCUACUUUGGGCUAUGGGGAUGAAAGUGACAAUCUCACACUGCUUGGAGAGUGAAGCCCUGAUGUUUAUUCUGCUCAGUCUGUACUUGUGUGGGUAUCUCACUGUUUACAGUUGUAUUAUUACUGCGUAUGGUUUCAUACAUCAGCUAUUUUCACUCAGUCCUUCCUACAGCCAAGGUCAAUGCUUACACUCAAAAAAUCUUAGCUCCAGAUUUGAUCACAUGCAGCAGACAGGGCUUGACGUCAUAGAAAUGCACAUUCACUUUGAUUUCAUGUUGUUAUCAACAAAGAUAUGUGAAUAAUUUUCGAACUUAAUUUUUAUAAACUAUUCAGAUGAAAUUAUUUUCUCAAAUUUCAAGUAACCUUCCUGGUGCUGUGUGGAGAAGGCUGUAACCAAGAGGCUUCACAAGUCCACCCCAGCACAGGGUAGACCACAUGAAUCUGCUCAAUGAGUAUUUUCUGUAUAUAAAGAGACAGUCAUCACACAUGCAUGCAUCAGUUUCUGGGUUCUUGAUUUCAGAGAUAUGAGUUGAAUUACUCUUGAUCCAUCAAUGUAGGCUAAUCGUUUAAAUCUGAAUCUAUGGCCUUUAAACAAACCCACUUUUGACAGACCUAUUUUCCAACAAUGACAUAAUAUUUUUAGGUUAUUCAUAUAUAGUUGUGGCACCACGAGACAGUUGGAGAAAGAAACCACAUGUACUUGUUGAGAUUAUUUCAGUUAAAAUGUAUUUGUAGAUAUAUACUGAAAUGUUUUUAAACUUUGAGACAUGUUUGCAUUCAUGUGUACAAUACUGGCACAUAAUGUAUCCCUUCAGCAAAUGUUCAUACUCAAACCUUGCAAGAAUGCUCAUUGUGGAUUCACUGGUAUAUUUAUUACAGGUAUUUAUCAAUUUUACUUCUAGUAUUGUACAUGCUGAAUAAGUGUCUAAAUCUUGUGUGUGGCUACACAUGUUCAUGUACGUAGUGUCCAACAGAUGUGACCUUGUAUUUGUACAUAUCUUUGUAUCAAACCAUUAAAUGACUUCUAACAUA